AUGUCACCCCAGAGAAACCCUAUAAUAAGGAUUCCCUCGGAUAGGUUUGAUUCUCAACUGGCUCUGGACUGGAUCUCGCAGUGCAGGCAUCUUAACGAAACGGGAUGUUGUCCCUCGACGCAGCCUUUUCACGACCUAUACCUUAUCGACUGUCAUAAGCGCACUGUUGUUGCCGUGAAAGAACAGACCGAAUACGUAGCCCUGAGUUAUGUAUGGGGCGAGCCAAAUAACGAAGACACAGCAUAUUGUCUCCAUCAUGGUGAAGACGGCAAUUCGCUUCUUCUGCCUGAUACGCUUCCUCUGGUGGUCACAGACGCAAUCAUCGUGACGAAACGUCUCGGUUUCCAGUAUCUAUGGGUCGACAAGUUCUGCAUUGCUCAACACCAAUCAGAAGUAAAACAUAGACAGAUCAUGCACAUGGACGCGGUCUACGCGAACUCGGAGCUGACUAUCAUCGCGGCAGCCGGCGAGGAUGAGAACUACGGGCUCCCGGGAGUCAGCAGCCGUUCACGCAUGGUUACGCCAUGGCAGAAAUAA